AUUGCCUCGAUUUCCGCGCCAGGCCAGAUGUAUUUAAAAAUUAAUAUUGAACGACUUUAAAGUUUUCUAUUAAAUCUCCACUAUUACAGCAUAAUGAAUAAUAUAAAAACCGUUAUUGCUCCCGUAAAUAUCGCAGUGAUUAAAUAUUGGGGAAAACGCGACGAAGAAUUGAUAUUACCGUUAAAUGAUUCCGUUAGCGCUACUUUGGACACAAGUGUUAUGUGUGCCAAAACAACUGUGUUUACCGGCCCACAACUUACUAGCGACGAGAUAUGGCUCAACGGCAAGAAGGAAUCUUUUACGAAUAAGCGGCUAGUAAAUUGCCUCGAAGGAAUAAAAGCUAUAGCCGCUAAGGAGAAAAGUGUGGACGAAGAAUUCCUGAAAUGGAAAGUCCGUGUGUGCUCUGUUAACAAUUUCCCUACGGCGGCCGGUCUCGCAUCCUCUGCAGCUGGAUAUGCGUGCUUAGUAACUGCAUUAGCGAAACUUUAUAAUGUGAAAUCUGAUGUCAGCUGCGUCGCAAGGUUGGGUUCUGGCAGUGCUUGUAGAAGUGUUUAUGGCGGUUUUGUUCAGUGGCAUGCAGGAACGGACCCCACUGGCAAAGAUUCCAUCGCAACUCAAAUUGCAGAAGCCUCUCACUGGCCUGAAAUGCGAGCUCUUAUACUUGUGGUUGGUGACAGUGCAAAGAAGACUAGUUCAACAAAGGGAAUGAAGAUAACGGCUGAAACAUCUGAACUACUCAAACACAGGAUUGACUAUUGUGUGCCACAGAGAACCACCAGUAUUAUUCAGGCGAUAAAGGAAAAGAACUUUCCCAAGUUUGCUGAAAUAACUAUGAAAGACAGCAACCAGUUUCAUGCAGUCUGUCUGGACUCUUACCCACCUUUUGUAUACAUGACAGAUGUGUCCCACAAGAUAGUUGAAAUGAUUCACAAAUAUAAUGAAGACUGUGGUGAAGUGAAAGUUGCUUAUACUUUUGAUGCAGGCCCAAAUGCUUGUCUGUACCUCCUAGAGGAAGAGGUGCCAAAAAUAAUUUCUCUUAUAAAAUAUGUUUUUCCUUCUUCAUCACCAGAUAAUUUUGUAACUGGUCUCAAUUCUAAACAGCAUGAGCUAAGUCAAGAUUUUCUGAAUAAGUUUGGAUUGGAACCAGGAUCUGUGGAUUUGUUGAAAUAUAUUAUUCAUACUAAAGUUGGAGAGGGGCCAGCAGAAGUUACUGAUGGCUUACAUUUGUUAGAUCAAAAUGGUCUUCCUCUCUAAAUGCAAGUGUGGCUAAUGUGUGGGGUAGAAAUAAGUGGAUGAAUGGGUAUUUUAUAUGUAAUAAAUUAUAUUAAUUUCUAACUUAAGACUACACUAAAUUA